AUGUACUGUUUUUCGUCCGUGUUUUCGUGGUUCUUGACGCUCGAGAACUGCAGGCUGCUCAGGUCGAGCGACGACGUCCGGCUGAGCGUUUUGUCGGACCGUUUUUUGGUCAAAAGUCGACUCACCCGUUUCAAUUUGCUGCCACCAUUAUUUUCGCUCGGCUCCGAGAUAAUCGAGCUGGCAGAGUCCAUGCUGGUCGGAGAUGAGGGUCCAUCGGAUAACGGCGAGUCCAUGAUCGACUCGUCAUCGUCGCUCGACUCGGAACUGUCGUCAGAAACAGGUUUCGGAUACACAAACUGGUAG